AUGGAAGAACUCGAAUAUCAGAGUAAACCUAUCAAUAACACAACAAGUAAUGGACGUCUAAAGCUCUUUGGCUUCCAAGUAUCAGAGGACGAAGAGGUAGACUCAACCAAAACACCAUUAGGGUCACCGGAAUCCGGCGGAUUUCCGGCAACCGACGGCCGGAAAUACGAGUGUCAAUACUGUUGCCGAGAAUUCGCCAACUCGCAAGCACUGGGUGGCCACCAAAACGCUCACAAGAAAGAAAGACAACAACUCAAACGUGCCCAAAUGCAAGCCAGCCGAAACGCCGCCGUUUCCUACAUGAGGAACCCCAUAGUCUCCGCCUUCGCUCCACCGCAGCACCUCCUCUCCCAAGCUGGCCCGAUGAUGAUCCCUACGGCGGCUACACCGUCUCAGUCUUGGGUUUACCUUCCACGCGCCGCCCCGCCCUUCCAAGUUUCACAUGGAUGUGUGUUUUCACCAUCAACAUCAACUAUGGUGGGUAGAGGUUUAGGGAAUUUACACUAUCCCGGCAGUGUAGGAGAAUCUACCCUGACGACUGCUGGGCCUUCACAGGCGAAGGCCCAUCGUGAUGAUGAGGCCACCUUAAGUAGGUUCUCGAGAGGGGAUGGUGGGCCUAGUUUUGAUGAUGCAUUUGGUCUGGACUUGCAUCUUAGUCUCGCUCCAGCCGGGCCUUGA